AUGUCUUCAAUCGACGUCUUUCUCUUCUCCUCUGCUCCUUCAGGGCCUCAAAAAACCCUAAUUCUUGGUGUUUCUGGGAUUUCCAAUUUGGUUAUGUGCGCAAAACGAGUGAUUCUAAGCCUCUCCAAUCAAUUUCCAAGUCUGGAAUUGCAUAACAGAGAGCAGAAUGGUCGGGUUGAUGAUUUAUCAGCUUCUAAGGUAAAGGGGGAACUACAUAAGUGUUUGAAUGAGCCUGUUACAGUUGCUACGGUCUUGUUGCCUCGUGGUUUAAUCAAUUCAGGGAAUCUGUGCUUUCUCAACGCAACGCUACAGGCUCUUCUAUCCUGUUCUCCUUUUGUUCAGCUUCUGCAGGAAUUGAGAACUCGCAAAGUGCCUAAGAGUUCGUCUCUGAAUUUGACAUGCCUAGUGGUUCAAGUUCAAAGAACAAAGAUGCAAGUGUUCUUGAGACUGGUAGGCCUUUUAGCCCUGCCAUGUUUGAAGGCGUUCUUUAAAUUUUUACUCCAGAUGUACGAACUAGCAUCUCGGGCAGGCCAAGGACAGUUUCUGGUUUGGUUUGCCUUUGUAUCUCUCACACUAGAUGCUGAUAAAGCCUCCUUCCAAGGAAAAUUCCAUUUAGAUUUAGAUGAUGAAGUGCGAGUCAGCAGAACAAGUGUGACCUUAUUGUCAAUCUUAAAACUUCAGCAAACCAAAAAUGGGGCUAAUCCUGAUGGAAAUCAGUUUGGUCCUGCAUAA